CUUCUUCCAGGUCAAAAACAUAAUGGCGGCUGCUACUUCCUCUUUCUCUCCAGCCCUCACCGCUCCACCUUCCUCAUCCUCCGCCGCCGCCUCCAAAACCUACCCGGCUCCCUCCUCUCUCGGCUUCUCCUCCGCCCUCUCCAAGUCUCUCCACCCUCUCAGGGCCAGAGCCACUCGCGCUGCUGCUAAUGGCUCCGCUCUCGGAGCUCGUAUGGUCUCGGUGCCGGCGAUUAAGACUCCUCUUUCGCUUGAUUUCGAGACCUCUGUUUUCAAGAAGGAGAAGAUCAACCUCGCUGGUCACGAUGAGUAUAUCGUGAGAGGAGGAAGGGACUUAUUCCAUCUGCUGCCUGAUGCCUUUAAAGGUAUCAAGCAGAUUGGUGUUAUCGGUUGGGGUUCUCAGGGACCUGCUCAAGCUCAGAACUUAAGAGAUUCUCUUGCUGAAGCGAAGUCUGAUAUUGUUGUCAAGAUUGGGCUUAGGAAGGGAUCCCGUUCAUUUAAUGAAGCUCGGGCAGUUGGUUUCACUGAGGAAAGUGGGACUUUGGGUGAUAUAUGGGAAACAGUCUCAAGCAGUGAUCUUGUGUUGCUGCUAAUUUCUGAUUCUGCACAGGCAGAUAAUUAUGAGAAAAUAUUUUCGCACAUGAAACCAAAUAGCAUACUUGGUCUUUCCCACGGUUUCCUUCUGGGGCAUUUGCAGUCAGUGGGACUUGACUUUCCCAAGAACAUCAGUGUAAUUGCUGUAUGCCCAAAGGGAAUGGGUCCAUCAGUAAGGAGACUUUAUGUCCAAGGCAAAGAAAUAAAUGGUGCGGGAAUUAAUUCAAGUUUUGCAGUCCACCAGGAUGUUGAUGGGAGAGCCACAGAUGUGGCCCUGGGCUGGUCCGUUGCCCUUGGUUCUCCUUUCUCGUUUGUCACUACACUAGAGCAGGAAUACAAAAGUGACAUCUUUGGCGAGAGAGGCAUAUUACUUGGUGCUGUUCAUGGAAUUGUAGAAUCCCUUUUCAGAAGAUACACUGACAGUGGAAUGAGUGAAGAUUCUGCUUAUAAAAACACUGUUGAAUGUGUAACUGGAAUCGUGUCAAGGACCAUUUCAACCAAGGGCAUGUUAGAAAUAUACAACUCUUUAUCUGAAGCAGACAAGAAGGAAUUCGAGGCUGCAUACAGUGCCUCGUAUUAUCCCUGCAUGGACAUCCUCUAUGAAUGCUAUGAGGAUGUGGCAAGUGGCAGUGAAAUCCGCAGUGUAGUGUUGGCUGGGCGCCGAUUUUAUGAGAAGGAUGGUCUUCCUGCCUUCCCUAUGGGGAAGAUUGAUCAGACGCGCAUGUGGAAAGUUGGUGAGCGUGUCCGCGCGACACGCCCUGCUGGUGAUCUAGGCCCACUACACCCGUUUACAGCUGGUGUUUUUGUGGCCUUGAUGAUGGCACAGAUUGAAGUGUUGAGGAAGAAGGGACACUCUUACUCAGAGAUAAUCAAUGAAAGUGUCAUUGAGUCGGUGGAUUCCUUGAAUCCUUUUAUGCAUGCUAGGGGAGUAUCUUUCAUGGUAGAUAAUUGCUCAACAACAGCCCGGUUGGGAUCAAGGAAAUGGGCUCCAAGAUUUGAUUAUAUUCUAACUCAGCAAGCGUUGGUUGCCGUGGACAACGGUACACCCAUCAACCAGGACCUCAUUAGCAAUUUCCUGUCAGAUCCAGUGCAUGGAGCCAUUGAAGUAUGCGCUCAACUUAGACCCACAGUUGAUAUUUCAGUGCCUGCUGACGCAGACUUUGUGCGACCAGAGUUGCGCUCUAGCAAUUAGAGCUUGAAGAACCUAGUACCUUACCUGGCGUACAAAAAUCCUUUUUCGAGAAGUAACGUUUGAGUGCUGUAGCUUUACCUAGUUUGUUCGUGUUAACUUUUCUAUCCUAUGUAUUUUCAUCGCAUUGCAUGUUAUGUUUCUUAUGAACAAAUGAGGUAUGGAGUUGAAUGUUGUAUUAAGAAUUUCUGUAGCAAGUUACUUGAAUAAAGUUGGCCUUUUUUAUGAUGUUCCUGGAAUCAGAACCAG